AUGAAAGUUGCCUUCCCUACAAUCUUCCUAUUUUUGUUUUUUCUUUCUAUGCAAAAAUAUGCAUCAUGUGAAAAGUUGGAUUUGCUUGGUAAAUUUUACUUUAAGGACACCCUAGGAAAAAACCGAGACAUAACUCCUAGUGAGAAGAUGCUGUAUCCAUUGAUACAAGAUCUGGCAGAGGAAGACAACAAUUACGCCCCCGCAGGUGAACCUUAUGACGAACACACCUUCCCAAACCCUUUUGUUAAUCCUGAAGAGUGUGUCUUAUCCUUAGGGAUAAGCCAUACAUGGUUAUGUGACCCAUCUCACCUUUUAAGCUUGAGUGAACAAUUGGAAGUUGAAGCAAUAUUGCUCAAAAUACGAGACACUAAUUUUCACAACUGUGCAAACAAGGGGAUCUACUACUACCAAGUUUCUGUUGCAUUAGUUCCUGAAAUCAGCAUCAGCAAAAACACUUUGAAUGAAAAAUCGGUAGAAUAUUUUUCACAAAAAUUAUUACGUAAAUGGGGUAUAGGAAACAAGGAGUGUCAUGAUGGUAUUCUGUUAGUGUAUGUAAAACAAUUGGGACGCUUUGUUGUAGCUAAAAGGGAAGGGGUAGAGGAAAAAUACAUAAACGAAAAGGAAAUAACAGAACAGUUUAUGUUCACUUAUUUUGCCACAGGUUCAGUUGGCAAAGGGUUAAUUGAGGCCUUGAUGCUUAUUAACAAAAAGUUACCUUCGAAGCCACAAGAGUUGACGAAGACAGGGAAAAUGUUUUUGUUCCUAAUUUUUCUCUAUGUUGUGUCUGUUAUUAUAAUAUAUAUAGCCACUGUUACAUAUGCAAAAGUGUGA